GUGCUGUAUCUGCAAUCGCCAUUUCUUCAGCGAUCGUGUGGGAUGCUAGAGAGAAAUGUCCUUCACAAAUGAAGAUUGGCUUCCUAGCUAUGAAGAGCUGACAGUUCCGGAGAUAGAACUUACUUCAUCGGUUCUGCGGGCAGGCUCAAUCCAGUUUGGCAAAUAUUGCGACAACCAGUGCAAGGAGUUCAUGUUGUGCACAAAGGAAUCUGGAGACCCACGAUAUUGUCUCAGCCUGGGGAAGGAAGUUACACGGUGUGGAUUUGAAUUCUUUGGAAAAGUAAAGAAGAACUGUGGAGCAGAGUUCACAAAAUUCUGGCAGUGUGUAGACAAUGCCUCAGGAGAAAUGACCUUCAGGCAUUGCAGACAGUCCCAGCUGGCAUUUGACAACUGCGUUAAAGAGAAGUUAGGGCAGGAGAAGCCACCACCAGGUUAUUUUGCCAAGACUAGAAUUGUCAAGAGCGAUAGACCCAGGUAUAUGAUAAAAGACCAGGUGUUACCUGACAGAAUACCUGAUCCCAUUCCCUUAGACAAGGCUCCUGAACCCCAGAGUAAGGAGGGCGUAGGCCUACGGACAUCACCAGUCAUUUAGGAUUUGUUGAUACUACCUAGAUGACUAAGGACUUUCACACAGAUAGACAAUAUUAGACCUGUUUCAAUGACACAGUGCUGCAGUUUUGCUUACUUUAUCUGGACAUAGCUUUGUACAUAAUGCUGAAUAAAAGAGUUCCGUGUAUCAGUUAA